AUGGUCCUCCACUCAGAAGUGCUCCUCGAGCUGCACGGGGACUUGCAGCGCCAAUGGAAAGCUUAUGGCCCCAAAGUCGAAACUGCCUGGCGAUCAUUCGACAAAGCGCAGCGAGCGGAAUGCAUGAAGGCUGCGGCAUGGAAGCGACAAGUCUUGAAGCAUUCUCGAGACGCCUCGCUAGGCAGCCUCUGUAAGUUUAUGCCCGAGUGGAAUCUUGAUGAUAUAACAGACUCGGACUCGAACUUGUUCCUUGACAUUAUCAAGCACCGUGCCAUGACGCCUUUAACUGAGCAAUACCGCCGCGGUCACAACGGAACUGCUGGAGAUCUCGAGCUCAUCGAUGAGAUGGCGCGAACUCGAAACUUGCGUCAUGCAAAUCCUUUCAAGAACUGCUAUACAGUUUUCACUGAGGAGGAGUAUGGAUACUGUUUCCGUGUUCCUAUAUGCGUCAACGACGAGGAAAUUCAAUCUGGACUGGAGUCAGGCCUUCAGAACCGAUACAUCGUCCCACAGUCUUUGGGGCAGCUCAUUCUUACGCGGCAACUUCAAAUGGUGCAGGCGCUUAACUUCAUGAUCGAAUGUGUCUUGGAUCAAGUCUCCGGCCCCAAGGAUCGAAGCCAGCCGAAGAAUUUCAAGCCGCCAACCGCUCCUCUAUCUGAUUCUCUCCCCAAGCAGGCAACCGUCAAGCUCAAUUCCCAGGAGCUUUUUGCUGCUGCUUCCGAUCAGAAAUCAUCUCUUGAGGAACUGUUGUCGCUUCUUUGCUCGGAGGCCACAGUUCUUUGUGCAGACGUCAGCGUGCAGUUCUACAGCCAGCCUGAGCUCGUGCCUGACGAGAAGGGCCGAUCCCUGCCACAUGCAGUCCAAGGAAUUGCUAUUUGGGAAUCCAUCACUGGCUUGCUUAACCUCCUCGAGAAGCCGUCCACGGAUAAGCUUUACAAGUCGAUGAUUGUUCAAGAGCUCUCUAAUAUGUGCCAUUUCGAGUACGCCCGUACACAAGCACUGUUCAAACGCCAGGUUUCCACUGGAACUGGAUCGAAACGGUUCAAGCGAAUUUCCAAUGCAUAUGAUAACUCAGGCAAUGCCAAGGUCUCGAUGAAAGGCAAACCAGAAGAGCUCACGCGAUCUGACCCUCACCUGCACUACUUGCUACGACUGUGUCAGCCCGUUACGACCGUCACCAAAGCGGCUCAGUGGAUGGAGAAGCUCGACGAUCUCUACAAGGCGCAUCCUUUGGAGAGGGAGAAGCUUGACGAGAGAGAGUCUCGGACUCUCCACGAUGUCGCUGCCAUUGUAGCGUUCGUCCAAGAUGUUUCUAAGGUCUACUCACUUCCCUCUAUCUCACGAAAGAAAGGAAAUCUACUUGUCGCUGGCCUGCAACAAAUUGACACCGAGCUCAACCAGAUCAAGAAGGAAGUUGACCUACGCGACUACGCUGCGCCCAUCGAGAUUCUUCUGGAACCUGGCAUGUCUGCUAAAGCGCUGGAAGCCUUGAAUGCGUUUAUGAUGGAGAAGACGGGCACGACGAUGGGAUUUCUUUACCAAGAUGCACUAGAGAAGGCGUUCCGAAACGUCGAAGAACGGUAUCGACAGGCCAAGGAUAAGACAAACAAGGAUACCAAGGCUGAGUUUGUUCCCAUCGACAGCACUCCUGUGGCCUCAAAAGAAAGAAUCGAAGCACGAAGACAAAAGGAAAAGACACGCCCUGAACAUUCCUCCGUCUACGCGAUUACCCCAACCACAGAGUCUUCUGAAGACAAAGAAGCUGCAAAGCCUACGCAGCCACUAAAGGUCAGCUCAUCAACAGCCGAGGUUUUCGCAACCCUGUUCGACAAAACACGAUCACGAGGAUCCGUCAGCUGGUCGUCCUUCGAGGCUGCCAUGUCAGAACUGGGGUUCUCAGUGCUGCCCCGAUUCGGCUCCGUUUACACGUUCAGACCGUCUGAGGAUAUGGAUAUCAAGCGGCCUGUUAGCAUUCACCGACCUCAUCAGUCACAGAUUGAGGGGUAUUUGAUCCUGAUUUUGGCGAGACGCCUGAACCGGACUUAUGGAUGGAGUGAGGAUUCGUUUGUCACUGAGUAA